CUGCUUUGUUCAACAGUAGGAGGGGGGGCAAACGAGCACAGUUUGCCUGCUGUAAUCGGUGAAUACAAUCUGCUAGGGCGGGCAGUCCCGUUUUUAUCUCUGUCUAGCUGUGUUGUAACGUAUCUUUCAAAUAUUUGUCUUUCCUGGAGGAUUUCUAUCAAGGGAUGUCAAAGCGAGUACGAAGCAGAGAGGUCUGCGCUGAUUGCAGUGCUCCGGAGCCACGCUGGGCCUCUGUUAACAGGGGUGUGUUGAUCUGCGAUGAGUGCUGCAGCAUCCAUCGAGGUCUGGGGCGACACAGCUCUCAAGUCCGACAUCUGACUCAUUGUCCAUGGCCACCCUCACAGAUACAGAUGGUCCAGACACUAUAUGGCAAUGGAGCUAAUUCCAUAUGGGAGCAUAGCCUCCUAGACCCUUCCUCUUCAGUAAGUGGGAAGCGCAAAGCCAACCCCCAGGACAGAGUUCAUCCCAACAAGACAGAGUUCAUCAAGGCCAAAUAUCAGAUGUUGGUGUAUGUCCAUCGGAUGCCUUGUCGGGAGGAUGACAGUGUAACAGCAAAAGACCUCAGCAAGCAACUCCACUCCAGUGUCCGGACUGGAAACCUGGAGACCUGCCUAAGACUCCUAUCUUUGGGAGCACAGGCCAACUUUUUCCAUCCAGAGAAAGGAAACACCCCACUACACAUAGCAGCAAAAGCAGGACAAAUGUUACAAGCAGAACUGUUGGCAGUUUAUGGAGCUGAUCCCGGGGCUCUGGAUUCCAGUGGAAAGACCCCCAUCGAUUAUGCAAGACAAGCUGGGCAUCAGGAGCUGGCAGAGAGGCUAGUGGAGAUACAGUAUGAACUCACUGACCGGUUAACAUUUUACCUUUGUGGAAGAAGACCAGAUCACAGAAACGGGCAGCACUUCAUCAUUCCACAGAUGGCAGACAGGAAUAACAGCCUGGAUUUGUCAGAGUUUGCAAAAGCUGCAAAGAAGAAGCUCCAGUCGCUAAGUAACCAUCAGUUUGAAGAACUUGCCAUGGAUGUUUAUGAUGAAGUUGACAGAAGAGAAACAGAUGCAGUGUGGUUGGCCACUCAGAACCACAGCACACUUGUAACGGACACCACAGUUGUGCCUUUUCUGCCAGUCAAUCCUGAGUACUCAUCUACCAGAAACCAGGGUCGUCAAAAAUUGGCAAGGUUUAGUGCUAAUGAGUUUGCCACUCUGGUUAUUGAUAUUCUAACUGAUGCUAAACGACGGCAGUGGGGUAAUUCCUGCGACAGUCCCAAAGAGAGUGUAGAGCUGAUCCUUCAGGGAAUAGACAGUCGUCAUAACAGUGAGAGCCAAGACAAUGACCAGCCCGAUUACGAUAGUGUGGCCUCAGAUGAAGAUCCAGUGUUGGAAGCCACCUGUGGUGACAGCUGCAAUGAUGGAAGGACCAAGAGCUCGGAGUCCUCUGACCUCUCUGAUGGACCAAUCACAGUACAGGAAUUUAUGGAGGUGAAGAGCGCCCUAACUGCAUCAGAAGCCAAAAUACAACAGCUUCUAAAAGUCAACUGUCACCUCAGUGAAGAGCUGCGUAGCAUGCAGAGCAAGCUCAACUCCCUGCAGACUGAAAACACAACACUGCGAUGGCAAGCCCCCAGUGGACCACAACACCUCCAAGGGCCCUUUGGUCGACACCCACCCCGCGGAGGUCGCGCCAUGUCCAUGUAUGAGACGGGCUCUUCUCCGAGGCAGUACCCCCACCGGGGGGAAACAGCUCGGCAUGAGGAUGGAGUCAUUUUACAACCCUUCCCAACCAAUAUUGGGAGGGGUCCUUUGGGGACGGCUGCGUCCUCCCUCCCUACCUUCCCCUCUUCCCUGUCCUGGUCGUGGGAUGAGCAAUCUCGAAGGGGCUGCAGUCUGGAAGGACAGAGUAUCAUGCUGGAGAAUGAUUAUGACUCUACGCCCAACCACUCUGAACUGGAGGAGACUGGCAGCCCUCUCCCAGCCUCUGAAGCAGUGGAGCCAGGGGAGGAGGGGGGGGAGGAUGCCACCCUGCCAUGCACAGAGGAUGUCAUCUGUAAGACAGAGCAGAUCACCAAGAACAUACAGGAGCUUCUGAGAGCUGCCCAGGAGACCAAACAUGAAAGCUUCCUGCCUUGUUCAGAAAAGAUCUGCAUGGCCGUGACAGAGAUGGCCGCCCUGUUUCCCAAGAGGCCGUCCUCGGAGACUGUGCGAGGGUCUCUGUGUCUGCUCACUUCAAGUGCCAGUCGGCUCCAUGGAGAGUGCCAGAAGGCCAUAGAGCACAACCCCUGCCCGUCGGACAUCCAGCUGGUCACUCAGCAGGUCAUCCAGUGCGCCUAUGACAUUGCCAAAGCUGCCAAGCAACUUGUCACUGUGACAACCAAAGAAAACAACAACUAACCCUAACCCAAAGACAUUCCUGGUGCACCCAAAAUAGUUCAAUGAUGUUGCUAAUCAGUGUUAACACCCCCCUGUAUUUAUCAGUGUAAGCAUUCAUACAUUCCUUUUAAAAAUGAGAUGUGCCAUGCAAAAUUACUGAUCAAUCAAAACAUAUUUAUUUUGUUGUUUUUGUAUCACGGUUAUAAAGAGUAAACAAACAUCUUUAAAACUGUAGGACAGAAUCUGUUACUAUCCCUUACCUCACAAAAAGAUAACCGUUUAAUCCACACAAAAUCCAAAAAGUGCAAUGUUGUGUGUAUAUAUACAUAAAACGAUUAGAACAACAAACAGUUGAGCCUUCCACGUUGUAGUUUUCCACAGAGGUCAUCAUUUGUGCUCCUUGAGGUCGGUUGUCUGGCAUGGCUGAGCUGCCAGAAGGGACAAAAGUCUGCAAGACACCUGGCAUCAAGGAUCAGAAGAGAUUAACCUUAACCUGCACCAGUGUUGUCAGUUUAUUUUGCUUUAGCCAUUUUAAAUGUCUACAGGAUGCAAUGACAGUAUUUUAAUCUUGAACCAUUGUGAUGCCACUUGCUUAGAGCCAUCAAAUGUUUGUUUAGUAAGCAAACCUGUGAUUAUAAAAGUAGCUUCAGUGCAUUGAGCCCUAUGUAAGGCCAGCAGUACCAAGAAUGUGCAAACCAUUCCAUCCAGCAGUUCCAGCAGGUGAUUUCAGUAAACUGUUCAUUUAAGUAUCAGUCAUUUUUGGAGUUAUAAUGUUACAGCCAUAUGGAUGUGCGUGUGUGCGUGUGUGAAAUCCAUUUUGAAUCAAUUUUAAUAGCAUUAUGCAAAUAUAUAAGAUGUAUGUAUCCAUUUAAUUCUUUAUCAAAAAUAACCCAAAUGCUAUUCUAUUUAUAAACUGUAUGUCAUACCUCUAAGAAAAUAUCAAUGUUUAUUUUCAUAAGCUUUUGUUUAACACGAUGCUCCUCACAGACUAACUUUUGUUCUGAGGUUUGGGACGUCUCAGCUGGCAGUAACAUGUGGGCACCUUGGGAUCUCUGUUUAUUCGGUGUGAUGCUGUAACUAAAGUGUGUUAGAUGCUACCUGUGGUCACAUACGUACAGCUAUGGUUUACAGUCACUGGUAAAGUAGAAAUGUGCCCUCAAAGUUUGGGUACCUAUUGUAGAACUUGGGUCUAAUGUGUCACUCAUUGUUGUGAGAUCAGUUUCAACCAGGGGUGGAAAGAGAACAAGAAUACCCUGCACAAGUGGAGUACAGUUAAUUCUAUGUUAUUCCAGUAGAAGUAAGAAAACGUUCUCAGAAGGUUGAUAAGAAGGGAAAGAUGUUCAAAUGAAAAGUCAGCAAAGGACGCCCUAAAUAAGUAUUAAAAAUAUUCAGAACAUAUUA